AUUAAACAUUAAACCACUGGUUAUGUAUUUUACUUUGAAAUUUAAUUAAUAUUGAUAAAUAUCCACAAUGACUUCCAAGUUGACUGAACACAUGAAUUUAAAUUGUGCUGUGAAGCUGCUCCGUUAUGAUGACCCACCAGCGACUAAUAAUGGAGCUGUUGUUUCCGUGUUACCAAAUAAUGCUGAUAUAAGUAAUCAACCUAUUGCUGAAAUAAAAAGAUCUUCAAGGAUAUCUAGAAAACGUACUAAAUCUAUAGUAGAAGAUAGUAAUGAAUCAGAAAAUGUAAAAAAAAAAAAAUGUAUGACCAAAAAACAACCCCAAUUGAAUAAGAUUGAAUCAGAAAAAACUGAUACUCCUCAAAAAGAACAAAAAAGAAGCAAAAUUCAAAAUUCUUCUUCUAGAAAGUCUCAUAAACGCCGUUUAAUUGAUGAUGAACAAAAUGCAAUGUCUAACAAUUCAUUUUUCUCAAACCGUUAUCUAGGUGAUGAUGGAACAACUCCUAUGAAACGAACCAAAUUUAAAAUAUCUAAAUCUAUUAUUGCUGUUAAAAAAAAACCUGUAAUACAUGAUAUAAAUAAUGAUAAUCCAACUAAUGAAGUUGCAAAAACUAAAACACUCAAAUCUAUUACAUCAAACAAACAAAAAUUUGAACUAAAUAAUGUUAGCAAAAAUAACACAUCUUAUGAACUUGAAGAAAGCAAUAAUAGUAUUUUAACAAAAGUUCAUAAAAAUAAAACACCCAAAUCUAAUACUUCUAAUAAAAAAAAGUCUGUUGUAAAUGUAAACAAAAAUGGUACAACUAAUGAGCACGAAACAAGUAACAACAUUGAAAUUCCUAAAAAACGUAGCCGUAAUUCAUCAAAAAAAGAAAAAAGUCAAAGACCAGAUUUUGAUAACAUGCAUUUAAAUGAAGAUAAUUUAAAGCAAACUCAGGAUUCAGAUAAAAUUCGUAAGACACUAGACACUGAAGAAAAAUUAAAGUUAUCUCAAAACUUUGAUAAUGAUACCAUGAUGCUUAAAAGUAAUGAAAAACCGCCUAAAAUUAAAAAAAAAUGGAGUGAAGAAUGGAGUGGAGAUAAAUCAUUUAAUAAUGAAGAAUUUUCUAAUGAUUCAACACUUAAUGUUAAUAGUUGUAAGACAGUUAAAAGAAUACCAAAAACUCAAAAAUCAAAAAAUUCUAAUUCUAAAAAAGCUAAAACUAAGACGUUAGAACAAUUAAACCCAAAAGAUUCACUUUUGACUUAUUCCUCAAUUACAAGUUGUGAUAAUACAGAUAAGUCAUCAUUUAAAGUUCCUGUUGAUCAAAAUAAUGGUAUAUCAAUUACAUUCAAGAUUGGAUCUCCGAUACCAUCUGUUUACAAUACACAAUAUAGUGAAACCUUAUCUAAUUCCAUGAUACCUACAACUGGUACAAAUCUUCAACCAAUAUCUGAUUCUGAUUAUUUAUCGGUUUCAACAAUUAGUCCUGAAAAUAAUGAAAUGAGUUAUGGAAUGGCUAUACUAUCUGAAGCCAUCAGCCGACAAUGCAGAGAAUUAGCCAACGAAAAUUUGAAGAAAAAGUCUCCAGAUCCUGAUACUAUUGAAACACAGUCUUGUCCCAAUAAAGCAAAGAGUACAUCACGACCACAAGUACCAAGUGCCAUGGUAUCACCUCAAAGAGUUAUCAAAAGUAUGUCAAAAAGAAUACCCAAAUAUCCUCCAGGAUUGUGUUUGCCAUCUGUUGAAAAUGAAUCAGAAUCACUGUGUGAACAUGAAAUUAAACUUAUUUCUAAACGUUUUGACAUUCCAAUAAAUUCUCUCAGGAGAACAGUUAUAGAUGAGCCCCUUUCUGUAUUCCGAAAAAAGUACUCUAAAUCAGUGACACCAUCAAUGGUUACUAUAUCACCUAUAGUAAAAGACGCUGAUUCCAAGUCAGGGUUAAAUUUAAAUUACAUAAGUGGAAAUAUAGAUGUAGAGUACAAAUUAGAACCUAUCAGAGAGGGUGCGGCUUAUGAAAAAACUAACUUAAAAGACUUGAUGUUAGAAUUAUCAAAAACCAUGCCAUCAUGGAGCUUAAGCAUUGUCACCAAUCCACCAAGGUAUGUAAUUUCGCAAAUGUCAAUUGGCAAGUAUGGUGUCCCCAAUGCAAACAAGUGUAUUGUAAUCGACAGAAUGUUCAGAGCUUCCGUUUAUAUCAAUCAAUCCUUAGAACAUAAACUUAGCAAACGUUACACGACAGCAACUGAAAUUGUUAAUCUUAUUAAAGAGUUAAAUUCAAUAUGAUAAAUACCUUAUACAUAUAGAUAUUUGUAUAUUUCUCUUAUGUAAAAUAAUAAAAUUUUUUAUUUUAUUUAUGAUUCCAAUGGAGUUCAAAUCAUCAAAUGUAUAUGUAUAUAAAUUAUAAACAUUUGUAAAGGAAUACACAAUCAAUAUACUAGUUUGAUGUAUUGUAUAUACUCGU